UCCCCAAGCUUCUUCCAAAGACGACUCAGACAUUUUCGGCUUCCUCUCCGACGACUAGACAGAGAAAGAAUGUCGAAUAAUAAGAGCAUUGGUGUGGCGAUUUGCCUUCUGAUCAUGGCCUUGGAUGUCACUGCUGGCAUACUUGGGAUUGAAGCUGAUAUCGCCCAGAACCAGGUGAAGCAUUUGAAGGUGUGGAUCUUUGAGUGCCGAGACCCGAGCCUGAAGGCCUUCAAGCUUGGUGUUGCGGCGGCAGUGUUACUGACGUUUGCGCAUGUGAUUGCCAACUUGCUCGGUGGGUGCGUUUGCAUGUCGUCCAAAGCAGAGUUCCAGAGAGCCUCCGCCAACCGGCAAUUGGCCGUCGCCUCCCUCGUCUUCGCUUGGAUCACGUUGGUGGUAGGGUUCUCAAUGCUGAUCAUAGGAAUAAUGGCGAACUCCAAGUCCAGGAAAUCCUGCGGCCUCUCCCACAAUCGAGUGCUAUCCAUUGGAGGGAUUCUUUGCUUCAUACAUGGACUCUUCACCAUCGCCUACUAUGUCUCCGCAGCCGCUGCGGCCAAGGAAGAACAACUUCCCGCCGGCCGAGUGUAGCCCCAAUUCUAGUUGGGAUCACAAGCUGUUGCUUACUUCGAAAACCCAACUCGUAUUUCUUUUCGUUUGUGAAUCCCUUUUGUUCAUUAACCAAACAUUUGUUAGCAUUUUCUAAUUGUAAUUGUAAUUUCAAUUGGGAACAGAUGAAUUCAUUUCAUAUGAGAUCUUAACAAAUUCAUGUUGAAAUGAAAUGGCCUGAUUCAUUACAAUGAUCCGAUCAACCAAAACCCACAAAAGAAAACUGGAGUAACCAG